AUGAAGCCACAGAGCAGCUACAGCAUCCCGAAGACGCAGACCGCCAUCAUGUACGAGGCUGACAACGCGCCUCUCCAGGUGCAUGAGGACUGGCCGGUUGUCCAACCCGAGGAUCUCAAACCGGGUGAGGUUCUCAUCCGCGUCGCUUACACGGGUGUGUGUCACUCGGACCUGUCCGUCUGGGAAGGCGAGGGCCCUCCGCUCCCCAAGCCGUUCCCUAUGGUCGCCGGCCACGAAGGUGCCGGUUAUAUCGCUGCAAUUGGUGAGCACACCCGCACUAACCUCAAGAUCGGAGACGCUGUCGGUAUCAAGUGGCUUGCACACACCUGUCUGGGCUGCGAGGACUGUCGUAAGGGUCACGAGACGACCUGCGCUUCGGCUGGUGUGCACGGCCUGACUUGUCACGGCUCGUUCCAGCAGUGGUGCGUGUCGUUUGCCGACCACGUGACUCCCAUUCCGUCGGGUUUGGACCUGGCAGCAGCCGCUCCGAUCUUGUGUGCCGGUAUGACAGUGUACAAGGCCUUAAAGCAGAUUAGUGGCUCGCCGGGUGAGUACGUGGUGAUCCCCGGUGCCGGUGGCGGUCUGGGCCACUUGGCCUGUCAGUACGCCCGUGCCAUGGGCUACAAGGUGGUGGCUAUCGAUACGGGUGACGAUAAGCGUAAGCUGAUCGAGUCGUACGGCAUCAGGAGCUUCAUCGACUUCAAGGAGGGCGACGUGAUCGAGAAGGUCCGCGCUGCUACUGGUGGUCGCGGUGGCCACGCGACCAUUGUCGUGGCCGACUCGACCGCUGCCUACAAGGACGCUCUGAUGUUCCUGCGCCCGCACGGCACGCUUGUUGCCGUCGGUGUCCCUACGGGCGCCGCCAUCGUUGCUCCCGUUAGUCUGAUUAUCCCAUUAGAGUUCCGCAUCAUCGGGUCAUACGUUGCUAGUCGCCAGGACGCUAUCGAGGCUCUGGACAUGGUCCGUGAGGGUCACGUCAAGACCACAUACACCGUGGAGCCGCUCAAGAACCUGCCGGAUGUGUUUAAGCGCAUGAAAGCCGGCCAACUCCGCAGUCGCGUUGUGCUGGACUGCGAGUAA